CGUUCAUUUAGCUGUUUCUGAAUCGAAUGCAGAUUAAAAUGUUUCGAAGAAGUUUUACAUUUUUCACAUUGUUUCUGGUCCUAGCCUCUUUGGCCAAUGGUCAACAAGAUGUUGUAGAAAACAUGGACGUUUCGGCCGAUGCCCAGAUGAACGAGAAACAGCAAUGCUAUUCGGAUGGUCCGCUGCUUCCAAAAUAUAUGAUGACAUCUGCCUCGGAACAAGCGGAACGAUCGAAAGUUGGCACGGUGAGCUGCACGGAAGUCGUCGGCUACAUGAAGGGUCUGGGCCGAUAUUACGAGCGAAAGUGCGUCCGAAAGGGCCCGGCCUGCGAAGUGGAGCUGCAGUAUGCCGUCAAUUGGUUCAAGAAAGUAACCUCAGCGAUGGCCACCGAAUGCAAAACUAGCAACUGUAUGAAGUUGUGAAUGUCGUCUACCAACAUUGUCCAAAUAUCUAAGCUGAUUCAAAUAUAGAUUUAAAGAAAAUUUG